AUGGAUAUUGAUACCCCGGUGCCUAUGGCACCACAGACCAACGAUGCAGGCGAGACACCGACAACGCUCUGCUACAACUGCGGGGCGCCCUUAGUUGGAACGACGAUAUGUCCCGAUUGCAUGAAACUUCAGGUCGAUAUAUCCCAAGGAAUUCAACGAGAGGCAGUCCUUAACCUUUGUCGCGACUGCGAGCGCUGGCUCCUACCACCGACCUCAUGGCAGGUCGCUGCCCCCGAGUCGCGAGAGUUGUUGGCGCUGUGUUUGAAGAAGCUGAAGGGACUGAACAAAAUUCGAGUGAUUGACGCUGGAUUCAUCUGGACCGAACCGCACUCGCGUAGAAUCAAGGUCAAGCUCACCAUUCAAGACUCGGUGUCCGACGGCGUGAUUUUACAACAGACUUUCGAGGUCAUAUACAUCGUCAUGUACCAGCAGUGCCCGGAGUGUCAAAAGUCAUACACCCCCAACACAUGGCGGGCUUCCGUCCAAGUGCGACAAAACGUUCUCCACAAGCGAACCUUCCUGUACCUCGAACAGCUCAUCCUCAAACACAGAGCACACCAAAACACGAUCAACAUCAAGGAGGCCAAGAACGGAAUCGAUUUCUUUUUUGCUCAGCGGAAUCAUGCGGAGGGGUUCCUUGAUUUCCUUCAUUCUGCAGUGCCGGUAGAAGUGAGCAAGUCGCAACAGAUCAUCUCCGAGGAUAUCCAUACAUCGACGAAAUCUUACAAGUUCACCUACUCUGCCAAGAUUGUGCCUGUCUGCAAGGACGAUCUGGUGGUUCUCCCGAUCAAGCUCGCGAAACAACUAGGAAAUAUCUCUCCCCUGUUGCUUUGCACACGGAUCGGCACCUCGCUCAGCUUUCUUGACACCAACACCCUUCAGACCGCGGACCUCAGUUCACGGAUAUACUGGCGAGCGCCUUUUACCUCUCUAGCAGAGGCCAAAGAUCUUGUCGAGUUCAUUGUCCUGGACGUUGAACCAACUGGAUACAACAAGGGUAAAUGGUUCCAGUCUGAAGUGACUGUCGCUCGGGCGUCUGAUUUCAGUGGGGACAAGCAAUUUUUCACUCGGACGCAUCUCGGCAGCAUUAUUCAUCCUGGUGAUUCUGUCCUGGGCUAUAUGCUGACGGGGUCCAACUUCAACAACGCCCAGUUUGACGAGAUCGAGGCAUCCAACACCUACAAGUCCACAAUUCCAGACGUCGUUCUCGUCAAGAAAUACUACCCAAGACGCUCGAAGCACAGCAAGCGCAAGUGGAAGCUCAAGCGUAUGGACACGGAACAUGAUCCCUACCUCCUACCGAACAACAAAGAGUCUGUGGAGAAUGACUUUGAGCUGUUCUUGCGUGAUGUAGAAGAGGACCAGGAUCUUCGCCAGACGCUGGCAUUAUACAAGAACAAGCAGAAGGAUGACACCGCGAGUGUUGCGGACACUGACAUGAUGAACGAUGACGAGGAGGAGGUACCGAAAAUCAACAUGGAUGAGCUACUGGAUGACUUUGACGAACUCGAAAUCGACGACAACAUGCAAGGAUAG